GUCAAAUAAUGACUUCCGGGCUGGCAGCAGUGGCCCGGUAAUUCUCAGAUUUACGAUUUGACAUAGGAUUGUUUAGAUUUGUAGCAUUUAGUUUGUUCUGAAUUAUAAACGUAUACUCAAUCCCGACAUAUUUUUAAAAGGUGUGUUUAUCAGGGAUAUUAUUGUUAUCCUGGAGUCCAUGCUACAGCGACGCAGGCAUAGCGCUUUUUGAAGAGGUCCUUUUUUGAUGCAUAUUAGAACACCGACUACCACCACCUUUACUGUUGAAACAGCAAAAUCUAAAAGACUUUAGAGCUCGAGUCCAGAAUCUACGUCAAAGAUGAAGAUGAAGGAGGACAUCAACCCAGUGCUGCUACAAGUCUUCCGCUCUGUAGUGUGGGUCUACUCGGUCAUCACCUUCCUACCCUGGUACUUCUUUUCCGGGACCGGCAGUAAUUUGGAGCGAGCCCGGCGGAUCAAGGCAUAUUCAGUGAGUGGACACCCAGCUGGACCUUACAGAGCCAUCAACAGCCAAGAGAAGUUGGUAGCGCUGAUGGAACCGGGGGUGAACACCCUGGACAAGAUGUUUGAAUAUGCAGCGAGGAGAUUUCCAAUGAGGGACUGUCUGGGCACCAGGGAGGUGCUUAGUGAGGAAGAUGAGCUCCAACCUAAUGGCAAGGUGUUCAAAAAGGUGAUUUUAGGGAACUAUAACUGGCUUUCAUAUGAAGAAGCUUACCUGGCAGCAAAGUGCUUUGGCAGUGGUCUGGCAGCUCUGAAUCAGCGGCCUCACUGCAACAUCGCCAUCUUCUGUGAGACUAGAGCAGAGUGGCUCGUUGCAGCACAGGCCUGUUUCAUGUACAAUUUUCCACUCGUGACGCUCUACGCAACCUUGGGACUCAAGGCCAUUGCUCACGGCCUCAAUGAGACAGAAGUGACCCACAUCAUCACAAGUAAAGACCUACUCCAGAGCCGUCUCAAGGCCAUUCUGUGUGAUGUGCCGCGGCUACAGUACAUCAUUGUAGUGGACCAGAAACCCACAAGCUGGCCAGACAUCCCCAAGAGCAUCAAGGUCUACAACAUGGAUGCUGUGAAGGAGAUGGGAUCCAAGCCAGAAAAUAUUUCAGCGGACCGCAGACACCCUCAGCCGUCGGACAUCGCUGUCAUCAUGUACACCAGCGGCUCCACGGGCAUCCCCAAGGGUGUCAUGAUCUCCCAUAGCAACCUGAUUGCUGGCAUCACAGGCAUGGCAGAGCGGAUCCCUAAUCUCAAUGAGACAGACACCUACAUUGGCUAUCUACCAUUGGCACAUGUUUUGGAGCUCAGUGCAGAGCUGGUUUCCAUUUCUCACGGCUGUCGUAUCGGUUAUUCGUCCCCUCACACUCUGGCCGAUCAGUCCACCAAGAUUAAGAAAGGCAGCAAAGGGGAUGCUAGUGUCCUGAAACCCACUCUCAUGGCUUCUGUACCUGAGAUCAUGGAUCGAAUCUACAAAAAUGUAAUGACCAAAGUGGAGGAGAUGAGUAGAUUCCAAAAGACACUCUUUGCGUUGGCUUAUAACUACAAGAUGGAGCAGAUAUCCAAAGGUUACAGUACGCCUCUGUGUGACAGUUUGGUUUUCAAACGAGUGCGCUCUCUGUUGGGAGGAAACACGCGGGUGCUGCUUUCCGGCGGAGCCCCGCUGUCAGCCGCCACGCAGCGCUUCAUGAACGUCUGCAUGUGCUGCCCUGUGGGGCAGGGCUACGGCCUGACGGAGACCUGUGGAGCUGGCACCAUCAGCGAGGUUUGGGACUACAACACUGGACGAGUUGGCGCUCCACUGGUUUGCUCAGAGAUCACACUGAAGGACUGGGAAGAGGGGGGUUACUACAGCACAGACAAACCCAACCCAAGAGGAGAGAUUUUGAUUGGCGGGCCUAAUGUUGCAAUGGGUUACUACAAAUAUGAGGGCAAGAACCAAGGAGACUUCUUUGUGGAUGCCAACGGGCAGAGGUGGUUCUGCACUGGAGACAUUGGAGAAUUCCAUCCGGAUGGAUGCCUCAAAAUCAUCGAUCGUAAGAAAGACCUCGUAAAACUGCAGGCGGGUGAAUACGUUUCCCUCGGAAAGGUGGAGGCUGUUCUGAAGAACUGUCCACUGAUUGACAAUAUCUGUGCCUACGCCAACAGUGACCAAUCAUAUGUGAUUAGCUUUGUGGUGCCUAACCAUAAGCAGCUGAUGGCGGUGGCGGAACAAAUGGGAAUCAAAGGAACAUGGGAGGAAAUCUGCAACAACCCACAGAUGGAGAAGGAGGUUCUCUGCAUCAUUACUGAGGCAGCCAUCUCAGGCAAACUGGAGCGAUUUGAGAUUCCCAAGAAGAUCCGUCUGAGUGCCGAACCCUGGACACCAGAGACCGGUUUGGUCACUGACGCUUUCAAACUGAAGCGAAAGGAGCUGAAAACACAUUAUCAGGAAGACAUAGAGAGAAUGUACGGGGGGAAAUAAGAAGGAUCCACUACAAGAAGCACACUCAACCUGAGCAUGUAAACAAAAAGCUCAAUCCAAACUGAACUUCUCUCAGAGGACUUGUAUUCUAGUUACAGGUAAAACAAAGUCAUUAUUAUUAGAAACUAAGAGACUCCUGUUCCUCAUCUCCUCUGUAACCAGCGACCAUCAAAGCAGGAGCAAGAAUCUGGAAGGCAGCUUCAUGCUUUUAUCAAGACCAGGAGGCACAAAUAACUGAGCCAGUCAUUCCGCUGUGAUAGACCUUCUGAGUCGCCGUGACGACCAAAGCGACUCAUGACAUUGGACCUGUGUGACGCAAAGAAAUGAGAAUCCCAGGAUAGGCAUUGCAUCUGUUCUUCCCCCCUUUCGUUGGAAGAUUUCUCCCUGUAAAGCUCGGCUGUGGAGGUGAGGCGCAGAAGCGCGGCGGGGAGGUUGGUAGCGUGAGCCUGAUGGGAAGAGCCCUCUUGGGCCCAGACGUGACUUUCAGGUUGGAUCUGCAGGGAUCUUAAUUGUGUUUUUCCUUUUAUUUUAUUUUUUGUUUUAUAUAUCUGCGUUGUAAUGUUUCCUUCGUGUUGGGUUUGUCAGCUUUGGAACCCAUUUUUGAACAUUUCUCUGUGAUGUGUGGCGAAGCCGUGAGAGAUUGAACUGCUGUUAUGAAACAGUAGUUUGUUUUUCUUCUUUUGUAUGCUUUUGUAUUUCUUUCUGGUCAUGCUAAUUGUGCUUUGUUUACAAGUUGUUUUUUAUUAAUGCUGUUUUUUCUUCUCUUAUUUUAUUUUCUUCUUGCGUCCAAAAAUUUGCUCAUUUGACUUCAUGUUUACUGACUUGAUUCUCUUAAUUCCACAUCCUGCAGCGGGAACAUCGAUGGCAAAAGCUAUUUAUUGACUGAACAUUGUUCCAUCAGUGACUUGUAAAAGGCCUGCCAGACCAAGUAUGUAUUUCUCCAUUUAUGACCAAUGAACUAGGUAAAUAUCUUCAAGGAAACUUGGUUUACUGUAGUGAAAUAGUUUCAAUAGUCUGUAUUUCUUUAACUGCAUUUUCAGGAACUUUAGGGGCAGUUACAUAUGUUAUUCUAUUUACCAUAGAUCUAGUUACUGUUGCUUUUGAUCUUGUCUUUUUUUUUUUUUUUUUGCAGAUACGAAAUAAAAAAUGAAUGUGCAAUAUUUAUACUCAAAUUAAAGUGUGUAUGUAGGAAACCACAGCCGACAGCUCCGCUGUGGCGUGUUCAUGUUUAUGCCUCUUGCUUGUAUGAAGUAGCGGCUUUGUAGAAAAGUGAGAUCGCAGAAGCAAAAAGGUAAUUAGACACUGAUGAGAACAUUUUAGAUGUUUGCAAAAAUGUGAGGUAAGAAGCUUUUUUUUGGGGGGGGGGGGGGGUUGUAAAGCUUGCAUGAUGAAAAGCGUGCGACUGUACCAAAGCAUCUGUACUGAAGAGAAAACUGCACUUGAGCAAGUGAAGAAAUUGUUGUGGAUACACUCCAGGUCUAAAUGAUAGGAAGAAAAAAAAAUCCCCUCACUGAUUGCAACUAACAUGUCUGUAUAUUUCAACAGAUUUGUGUAUAUAACACUGUAUGUGCAAUGUAUAUAAACAACUCUACAGUGCUACAUGAAUCUUUCACCUGCUAGUUGUUUGAAUCUCUGUAAACAAUGCGUCGAUGGAAGAAGGUUGUGGUAUUUAUUGAAUUGACCUGACUGGCAGCACUAGGAGCGACUCUGUUACUUCUAUUUAUUUCUUCAUCGAAAUAAAUGCUCGUUUGGUUUGUUGUGA